CUCCAGUCUCCCUCCGGAUGUCCCCAAUCCUCUUUCCCCGGAAGGCCGUGCUGAAAAGGAUCGGGAAGCACCAGCAGGCACAUUGCGCUUGCGCACGGGUGGGCCGGAAGUUGAGGCAGAAAUGACUCUACUUCCGUUUCUGGUUUUGCUCCAGUGUUUGGGUUUCUUCGCGGCCGCCCAAGAUGAAUCGUUUCUUCGGGAAAGCGAAACCCAAGGCUCCGCCGCCCAGCCUGACUGACUGCAUUGGCACGGUGGACAGCCGAGCAGAAUCCAUUGACAAAAAGAUUUCUCGAUUGGAUGCUGAGCUAGUGAAGUAUAAGGAUCAGAUCAAGAAGAUGAGAGAGGGUCCUGCAAAGAAUAUGGUCAAGCAGAAAGCCUUGCGGGUUUUAAAGCAAAAGCGGAUGUAUGAGCAGCAGCGGGACAAUCUCGCCCAGCAGUCUUUCAACAUGGAACAAGCCAAUUAUACCAUCCAGUCAUUGAAGGACACCAAGACCACGGUUGAUGCUAUGAAACUAGGAGUAAAAGAAAUGAAAAAGGCAUACAAGCAAGUGAAAAUCGACCAGAUAGAGGAUUUACAAGACCAGCUAGAGGAUAUGAUGGAAGAUGCAAAUGAAAUCCAAGAAGCACUGAGUCGCAGUUAUGGCACCCCAGAAUUAGAUGAAGAUGACCUAGAAGCAGAGUUGGAUGCAUUGGGUGAUGAGCUCCUGGCUGAUGAAGAUAGUUCCUACUUGGAUGAAGCAGCAUCUGCACCUGCAAUUCCAGAAGGUGUUCCCACUGACACAAAAAACAAGGAUGGAGUUCUGGUGGAUGAAUUUGGAUUGCCACAGAUCCCUGCUUCAUAGACUUGCAUCAUUCAAGUACAUCGUGUAAAACAAACAUACUUGAUGGGACUGGGAAAUAUUUUAUCUUUCCAAAUUUGCCAUAACAGAUUUAGGUUUCUUUCUUUUCUUUGAAGGAAAGGUUAAUUACAUUGCUCUCCCCCCCCCCCAUUAGGAGACUCAUCACUUGGGAGAUGCUUUCUUUGUACUAAACUUUGAUUCCUUUUUUUCUUACAAAAGAUUAAUUACUUAAAAGUAUCUUGGGCUUUGUAUGACUUAUUUUCAUUCAUUAAUAAUCACUUGAAAUAAAACCAAGGAAAUGGGAAUCUUUAAAAUCUAUGAUAGUGUAAUGCUACAGUAUCAAAAUGACCUGAUAAAUUCAUAGGAGGAAAACGAAAUUAUUGGGCUGUUCAUACUCUGAUUCAAAACCAUUUUCUAUUGUGGUAUUAUAGGUCGGUUAAAGUGGUAGCCUUUUUCUGAUGAGUUUUGUUGUGUCUUGUGAGUAAAUCAUUACUGUGUCCAAAUUGGAAUGGAAUUAUCACUGCUGUAUCAUGAGUAGAUAUUUUGAUUCUAUGGUUCCCUCAGUAUUACAGCCUGACUUGUAAUCAAUAAUGAAUAUUUCUUGAUAUUUAAUGUAUAGGACAUUUAUUUAUACUCAAUAAAUAUUUUUCAAAAGGAUAUCAUUUCAAUAAUAAUCACUCCAGUGUAAGACUUCUACUACAGAAACCAAAUUAACCAGUAGCCUAGAGAAAAGAGCAGGAACAAUCUAAUCUGGGCUUGGGCCCUGGAUCUACCAUCUAAACACUGACUGGUCUGCUCAACUUCUCUAAACUUCUGUUUCCUUAUUAGUAAAAUUGUGCUUAACUCACAAAGCUAUUUGUGAGGAAUAAUUGAGGUAAUGGUCAUAAGUACUUUGUUAACUGCAAUGUGCUGUUCCCAUUAAGGGUUAUAAAUAAUAAAAAAGCAGGGCUUCAUUCUUUUCUUGGUAGCUGCCUGGAAUGCUACAGCAAGUUCAAACUCCUGCCUGAUUUCAGGGUGUUUAAUGAUCCUGUCCUCCUAUCUUCAACCUCUUGCCAACAGUGUUUCCCCUCCGGCCUGGCUGGGUGCCUCACAGUGUGGUGUGCACCAGACUUUCAUUUGUCUGCAGAUCCCACCAAUAAACAUUUAUGAACACCA